CGCUCUUUCUGCCCCCAGCCCAGCGGCACUUGCCUUUAGGACAGUCACUGCUGCGGUGUGGAUGAGGUGUCAUUCCUCCUGGGGGGAGUUGAGGGGUGUUCAUUCAGGCAAACCUGUAACUGCGGGGACGAGCCCGGGUGGGAAGCAAGCAAAUCUACCAGCAUCCCUGGCGCCCCUUUUUUUCCUGUCCAGUUUAAAUGAUUCAAACAUUGGUUUUUUCACUAUUGAGAAAAAACAGUCCACGUGACAACAAAUUAUUCAUUAAAUUUUGCCAUUUUAACUAUUUUUAAAAAGAGAAUCACAGGCAUGUGCUGGGGUUCACUUGCACUGGGGAAACUCAGUGGAGAUUCAAGAGAGGAAGAAGCAGACUAGGUUUCCUGUUUUCUGGGUUUUUUUUUUUUUUUUUUUCUCUUCAAGCUGAACGGGCAAGUCACAGAUUUCACUGGGGAGGCUUCUGUUUCUUUCAACAAUAACUCAGGAACUGCCAUGGGCCAAAAGGAAUGCAGUCACUCUGCAGGACCAUAUACAAAGAGCCAACAAGCUCAACAUGCCAGAGGAUCGGAGCUGAGAGUCAUUCUGGUGGGCAAGACCGGAACCGGCAAAAGUGCUACAGGGAACAGCAUCCUGGGGAAGCAAGCAUUUGAGUCCAGGCUGAGUGCCCAGCCCUUGACGAAGACCUGCAGUAAAAGUCGGGGAAGCUGGGGAGACAGAGAGAUGGUUGUUAUCGACACACCAGACAUGUUUUCUGGGAAGGACCCCUCUGAUUCCCUGUACAAAGAGGUACACAGGUGCUACUUACUCUCCGCACCAGGACCCCACGUGCUGCUCCUGGUGACACAGCUGGGCCGAUUCACCACCGAGGACCAGCGGGCUGUGCAGAGGGUGAAGGAGAUCUUUGGAGAGGAUGCCAUGAGGCACACAAUUGUCCUCUUCACCCGCAAGGAAGACCUCAAGGGAGGCUCCCUGAUGGAUUACAUCCAUGGCUCAGAUAACAAAGCCCUAAGCGCGCUGGUGGCUGCGUGUGGGGGGCGAGUGUGUGCCUUUAAUAACCGUGCUAAAGGGAGCAGUCGGGAUGAGCAAGUGAAGGAGCUAAUGGCCUUGACAGAGAGCCUAGUGAUGGCGAAAAGGGGUGACCACUACAGCAAUAGGUUGUACAGCCUAGUAACAGGGUCUGAAUGUGGAACUGUGCAGUCAGAGGAGAGAUUACAGGAUUUCAAAGAGAGCUUUAUAAAGUACAUGGAAAUUCAGAGACGUUCAACCGUGGUCAAAGCCCUAAUCCUAAUAGUGAUGUGUAUUUUAUUGUGUAUUCAGGUGUUUGUCAGAUUGCAAACUCUGUUAUUUUGUGUAUUGCACGGAAUGUGCAAUUUCUUUUACUGCUUACUGUUUAGCAUGUGCAAUUUAUUCUGUAGCUUACUGUUAAUUAUACCCCAAAAUUUAAUGAUAAUUUUUAGAAAGACCAUUAGACUGGAAUGCAAGACUCCUAUAUUAUAGUUACAAUCAGUGGUUCUUUAUCCACUGUCAUUUAGUGGGUGAAUCACACACUGUACCUCCCCUGUAAAAUACAGUGCCUGACAGCACUAAACGUUUGAGAUUCUGUGAAGUGCUUAAGUCUUAACAUCAUUCUAUUUGUUAGGGAACCAAAUGAUUUUAAAAGUUACUGUUUGUUUUGAAAUAUAUCUUUUGAAAGUUGUAAACAUAAAAUUCCUCUCAUUUGCAAAUCUCUAAAGUCAGUUUUAUGUUCCUAAAAACUCCUUUUCUUCAUUAUACUAUUACUAUUUCUACUGAAUAUAACAAAAAUAACAAUAAAAUUUCUACUGGGUGCAGUAAAAUAACAAGUAAGCUGUAAAGUUCCUGAGAUCACAUGUCUUUAAGUCUGUGCUAUGGUUUUACCCUCAGAAGAUGGUAAGUGAACACGUGGCUCGUUUCUGUAACACAACUAAUUCAUGCUCAACAAUCACACACGGACACACUCACACAUCAAUAGUCUGUUUUAUGUGCAUCAAAUUUGCUUAACAUUGAAAGAGGCUCAGCCAGAUUUUAUCCCUGGUACCCAUUCCCAGUUAGCAUUGAAACACACAUAGAGGCUUACGCUUCACACAAGAUGAUGGACUGAAUAUUUUUGGGCAUCAUCCUGUUAAAUGCAACUAGAAUUUUUAAAAAUAAACACAAUCUUUAUGACUGAUGAGCUCACUAGAAAAUUAGGAAAACUCCAAGAAGGAAGCAGACAAUACACAUAAAAAGGAUGUGGAGCUAAAAGGGGAGUUGAGAGCCAUGAGGACAGGCAAACCCAGAAGGCAGGGCUGACCUACAGACAAACGCCUACGUCAAUCCCCAGAUGAAGAAACUCAGCCUUGGGUUGUUGGUAAAGUUAGAGAGCUGAUUCUGAGGUCUCCGAUCCCCAGACCCAAACCUAUAUUAAACCUUCCCUAAUAUUAUAAAUUCUAAUGUUAUAAAUUAAUAUUUAAAGUCUUUUUUAACCAAAUGUGCUGUUUUUUUAUUUCUUCUUAUGCUCAUUUUUGUAUGCUGUGCUUUUCAAGGAAUUUUUCCAUUAUACUUAAGUAGUUGAAUUUAUUUGCAGAAACAUAAAAUAUUUUAUCAUCCCUUUAAUAUGUACAAGAACUAAAUUAUUGGGUUGGCCAAAAAGUUCGUUUGGGAACCCAAAAGAACUUUUUGGCUAACCCAAUACUUGUUCCUCUUCGAAUUCUGAUAUUGGCAAUUUAUGAUUAUUUCUUUUUGUUUGAUCAGCCUGGCUAGAAGUUUAAUUUUAUAAGUUUUACAAAAAUCUAACUUUGAUUUUCUCCUUUAUAUUUUCUCUGUUCCAUUUCAUUGCACGGUUUUAAAAAUGUCUUUUGCCCAGAAUUUUUUAAUUUCAAAG